UCCCUCAACGUAUGGCUCUUCUGGAAAACCUUCCUGCUCUAUUAUCGAGGGCUGCAGUAUUAUUAUUUGCAUCAGAUGUUAGGGCUAGGAUUGUGUGUUAGCAGAGCUUCAGCAUCUGUCCUCAAUCUCAACUGCUGCCUGGUCCUUCUACCGAUGUGCCGUGUUCUCUUGGCCUUCCUGCGAGGAUCUCAGAAGGUUGCCAGCAGGAAAACCAGAAGGCUGCUAGAUAAAAGUAAAACUUUCCAUGUGACAUGUGGUGUUACAAUAUGCAUCUUUUCAGUCUUACAUGUUGCUGCUCACCUGGUGAAUGCUCUUAAUUUCUCUGAGAACUACAAUGAAGACUUCCUGGCACUAAAUGCAGCAAACUAUCGUGGUGAGGAUCCGAGGAAACUGCUUUUUGCUACUGUUCCAGGUCUGACCGGAGUCAUUAUGGUGUUAGUAUUGUUCCUAAUGUGCACAGCUUCUACAUAUGCCAUCAGGGUUUCAAACUAUGACAUCUUCUGGUAUACACACAACCUUUUCUUUGUCUUCUAUAUGCUGCUGAUGCUGCAUGUUUCUGGGGGAGUGCUCAAGUACCAGACCAACUUAGAGGAACACCCUCCUGGUUGCUUUAAUCCUAACAAAACACUCCGAGAGAACAUGACGGUGCCAAAGGCUUUUGAAGAGACGUUUCCUGACUAUACUACUGAGGCUUUCCCAGAGGACUUAUCAGUACCAGAACCCUUUGUACAAAAUAACUUUAUGAGAAUUUGUUCCGAGGAACCCAAGUUCCAGUCACACUUCCCAGAGACCUGGUUUUGGAUUUCUGGACCUCUGUGCUUGUACUGUGUGGAAAGGCUGUACCGCUACAUCCGCAGCAAUAAACCAGUCACAAUAACUUCAGUGAUAAGCCAUCCCUCCAAUGUCCUUGAAGUAAGGAUGAUGAAAGAUCACUUUAAAGCAAGGCCUGGUCAGUAUGUUAUUCUGCACUGUCCAAGGGUGUCCGCACUGGAAAGCCAUCCAUUCACCCUUACAAUG